AUGGGUACGGAGAAGAAGAAAAAGUCAAAGGCGCAAGCCGCCGACGCGGAAGAGCAGCCGUCGAAGGCGCUAGUCCCAGUGGCCGACGGCAAAUCCUCGCUCGGCGCGCUUCAGCAGGCGACGGAUUUCCUCAUUAAGCCGGAGCCGACGAAGCGCGACAUAAUGGACACGAGCGAGUGGCCGUUACUUUUGAAGAACUACGACAAGCUGAACGUGCGCACGGGGCACUACACGCCAAUUCCCAUGGGGCACACGCCGCUCAAGCGCCCGAUUUCGGAUUACGUGCGGUACGGGGUGAUCAAUUUGGACAAGCCCGUGAACCCCAGCUCGCACGAGGUGGUUGCGUGGAUCAAACGCAUUCUGCGCGUCGACAAGACGGGCCACAGCGGCACGCUGGAUCCCAAGGUGUCGGGCAGUCUCAUCGUCUGCGUGGAUCGCGCGACGCGGCUCGUGAAGGCGCAGCAGGGCGCGGGUAAGGAGUACGUGUGCAUCGCGCGGCUGCACAGCGCCGUCGACAGCGAGGCGACGGUCGUACGCGCUUUAGAGAAACUCACGGGCGCGCUCUUCCAGCGCCCGCCGCUCAUCUCCGCCGUCAAGCGCCAGUUGCGCAUCCGCACGAUCUACGAGACUAAGCUCCUCGACUACGACGCGGCGCGGAACCUCGUGGUGUUCUGGGUUUCCGUCGAAGCCGGCACGUACGUGCGAACGCUCUGCGUGCAUCUCGGCCUCAUGCUCGGCGUCGGCGCGCACAUGCAGGAGCUGCGGCGAGUGCGGUCGGGCAUCCUGAGCGAAAUGAACAACAUGGUAACCAUGCACGACGUUCUCGACGCGCAGUACUGCUACGACAAGUACGGCGACGAGACGUACCUGCGGCGCGUGAUCAUGCCGCUGGAGGUGCUGCUGACGUCGUACAAGCGGCUCGUGGUGAAGGACAGCGCCAUCAACGCGCUCUGCUACGGCGCGAAGCUCAUGCUGCCGGGGCUGCUGCGAUACGAGAACAACAUCGAGGUGGGCGAGGAGGUGGUGUUGAUGACGACCAAGGGCGAGGCAAUUGCGAUCGCCAUCGCACAGAUGACAACAGCAGGCAUGGCGUCCUGCGACCAUGGCGUGGUGGCCAAGGUGAAGCGAGUGGUGAUGGAGCGAGACACGUACCCGCGCAAGUGGGGCCUGGGGCCGGUUUCACAGCAGAAGAAGAAGCUCAUUGCGGGUGGCUUGCUGGAUAAACACGGCAAGCCGAACGAGAAGACUCCGGCCGAGUGGCUCCGGUCGAUUCCGGAUUAUGUGGCGGCAGCUGCGGCGGUGAAUGGGGAGGGGGCGGAGGGAGAGGAGAGGGCUGCGGAUGGUGCUGAUGUUGUUAUGGAAGAGGCGAAGGGAGACGGGGAGGAGAGCACUCCAAAGAAGAAAAAGGAGAAGAAGGAAAAGAAGGAUGGGGAGGAGACUCCGAAGAAGAAGAAAGUGAAGGAUGGGGAAGGUGCGGCUGCUGAGGGUUCAGACUUCGCCGGGCUGUACUCUCUCCCGCCCAAAGGACGUGUCUUCUCCACUGACGCAUCCCGCCUCGCAAGUGCAUCCAACGCGGGCUUCGGCAAUGUCCGCGCGCUGUCCCGCUCGACCCGUCCCCCUUCGGGCCGCCUGACCUCCUGUUUCCGGCCGAAGCCCGCGUGCGUGAGGGCGGCAAAUGGCGCAAGUGACGAUCAGCAGCCCCCUGCGCCGCCUGCGGAGGGCGUGGCGGAAGAUAACCGCCUGGUGCGCGCAGAGCGCGGAGCGCGGAAACUGACGCGCCGAGAGGCGGUGGCGGCGACGCUUUUGGCGCUGGGCGUGACGGCGAGCGGCGCAGACUCCUCACUGGCGGGCGCUCUUAUGCGCGCGGUGCCGUUCCCCGUGGCGCGCGGAUGGAGCGAGGGGCGAUUCGGCCGCGCUGCUGCCGCGGAGGCGAAGGGUGCAGAGAGGGUGAUGACCAUGGAGGAAAUCGACGACGCGGAGGAAGAGGAGAGGCGGGAGAAGCUGAGGAUGAACGAGGAAAAGAGGAAAGAGAGGAUCGCUGUUCGGGAGGAGAAGAGGAGGGUGAAGAUUGCAGAGAAGGAGGAGAAGAGGAGGAAGAAGAUUGAGGAGAGGGAGAAGAGGAGGGCAUUUAAGAUUCGGACGAAGGAGGAGAGGAGGAGGGCGAGGAUUGCAGAGAAGGAAGAGAAGAGGCGGAAGAAGAGGGAACAGGAGAAGGAGAAGCGGCUGAGGAAGGAGCAAGCUAGGCUGGAGAGAGAGCAGAAGGCUGAGCAAGAGAGGCAGGAGAGGGAGCAGAGGAGUGAGCAAGAGAGGUUGGAGAGGGAGCAGAGGAAUGAGCAAGCUAGGCUGGAGAAGGAGCAAGCUAGGUUGGAGAAAGAGCAGAAGAAUGAGCAAGCAAGGCUCGACAGGGAGCAGAAGAAAGAGGCGGCUGAAAAGGCCGCGCAGGAGAAAAAGGCAGAGCGUCUGAAGGCGGCAGCAUAG